AUGUCAGGCAGGAGAGGGGGCCCGGGUGGCAGGGGUGGUGGGCGGAGCGGGCAAAGGGGGAGUUGGGGCGGAGAUGGUGAGCGCGCGCAAGGGGGAGGUUGGGGCGGGGCUUUCCAGAGAGCGGCGGAAAAAAGUGCUUCCGGCGGAGAUUCCGGCGGGGCUUUCCGGGGAGGGAGGGGUGGAAGGGCAGCGGUGGGGGGAUUUGCGGGGAGGCAGCGGGGGAGGGGCGCGGGGAGAGGAUUCUCAGCGGUCCGCCAAAACGGGGGAAGAACGGGCGGUGCAGCGUGGGGUGGGCAGAAGGGGCAGGGGCAGAAGCUACUAGGCUCCGCGCAAGAUGAGCGGGAAAAUGGCGGACACCAGGAGAGCUGGAGAGAGGUCAAAGUUCCAGGGUACGCGGGGGACGGGGGACGCAGCGAGGCGGAAGGGGGAACGGCGGAGCAGAAGGUCGCGGAGGCGGAGGGGGGUAUGGGCGUUGUGUUUUCGUCGGGGAAAUUCGCGGAUCUUGGGCUUUGCGAGACGCUCGCGACGCACAUUGAAGAGAAGCUGGGGUUCGCAGCGCCAACGCACGUGCAGCAGGCCGCCAUCCCGCACGUCCUCGCUGGCAGAGACCUGCUCAUUCGAGCGGACACAGGGUCGGGCAAGACGCUGCUGUAUCUAGCGCCCAUUCUGCACGCUCUGCAGGCCUGCAGGCAGCGCGUGGACCGCAAGCACGGCACGUAUGCCGUCAUCUUGGCCCCAACACGAGAGCUCUGCGUGCAAAUAGAGGAGGUGGCGCAGCAGCUGUGCCGGCGAUUCGUGUGGAUCGUGCCGGGGCGGUGCAUUGGAGGGGAGAGCCGCGGGAAGGAGAAGGCGCGCCUGCGCAAGGGGCUGGCCAUUGUGAUCGCGACACCUGGCAGGCUGCUGGACCAUCUGCGCAACACCUGCUCGUUCGGGCUCGCUCGCCUGCGAUGGCUUGUUCUGGACGAGGCUGACAGCCACGACGGUCUGAUACAGGGAGGGGGUGCUCAGGGUGCUUCCAGGAAGCUUCAGACUAUGCUGCUGUCCGCCACGCUUGGCCCGCGGGUUGAGCAGCUGGCUGACGUCAGCCUGGUGUCACCGGUGGCUGUGAGCGUGACAGGUGGCAGUGUGCGAGUGGAGGAGAGGGUUUCUGGGCGGCCGGUGACGAGGGUUGGGGGUGGCGUGGGACAGAGAGAGGAGAAAGGGGUUGGGAUGGGUGAGAGAGGAUUGGAGGAGCUGGGAGGGGUGGAGAGAGGGGAAGAGGAGGAGGAAGAGGCGGAAGAGGAAGUGGAGGAGGAGGAACAGGAGGAGGAAGACGAGGAAGAAGUGGAGGAGGAGGAGGAGGAGGAGGAGGAGGAGGAGGAGGAGGAGGAGGAGGAGGAGGAGGAGGAGGAGGAGGAGGAGGAGGAAGAGGAGGAGGAAGAGGAGGAAGCAAAGGAAGAGGAGGAGGAGCAGGAAGCGGAGGAGGGGGAGGUGGAGGAAGAUGAGGAUGAGGAGGAAGAUGAGGAUGAGGAGGAGGAGUUGGAGGAGGGAGAGGAGGUGGGGGAGGAGAACGACGAGGACGACGACGACGACCUGCCUCUCUUCAUGCAGGCCCUCCGUGCCGUUAAGAAGGCGGGGCGGGCGGAGCGCAAGGAGAAGAAAGAGGAGAGGAAGGAGGAGUGGAAGGAGGAGAGGAAGGAGGAGAGAAGAGAGCAGAAGGAACAGGAGGAGGAGAAGGGCAAGAGGUCGGGAGUCCCGUGCCGCUGUCGUCUCAUCACGCUCAUCGCUCUGCUGCGCUCCAAGCUUGCCACGUCAGCAUCAUCCAAGGUACUGGGGCCUCGUCAGCUAUUUCCAAGGCUAUCAUUCUGCCUCAGCUUGCCUAUCGCUCUCUCGCUCCUUUGCCCGUGCCCCACCCUCUUACCCUUCUCUCCUCCGUAUCCCCUCAUCUCCUGCAGCGCUCUCCCAUCCCAACCGCUUCUCAUGUCGAACCAACCCCUGCCUGUCUCUCUUUGUCAGGCAGUGCUGUUCCCAUCCACAUGUGACUCUCUCAAGGUGGUGGUGUUCCUAUCAACGUGUGACUCUGUCGAAUUCCACGCCACCCUCCUCUCCUCCGCCCCCUCCUCUCCCCUCACCACCGGUUCCCCCCACCACCACCAACAAGAGCAACACCACCAGGAACAACAGCAGCACGACCAGCAGCAGCAGCAGCAGCAGGGUUUGCUGCCAGCGCCGGUGUUCAAGCUGCACGGCAACAUGGAGCAGAAGGACCGCUCCAAGGCCUUCCUGGCCUAUCGCAGCGCGCCACGUGGCGUGCUGCUGUGCACUGACGUGGCAGCGCGUGGCCUUGACUUCCCUGCUGUGGAGACCAUUGUUCAGUUUGACUCGCCUGGCGAUGCUGCUGACUACGUGCACCGUACGAACCUCGUUGAACCCAGUCCUAUUCCUCGCAUCCGCUCUAACCUACUCCUCUUGUCUCCUUUAACCUAUGCUCUUCCUCCCCCAACUCCCAGAGUGGGGUGCACGGCUCGCAUUGGCUGCAGCGGAGAGGCGGUCUUCCUCCUGCGGCCCAACAACACAGGAAGAAUGGGGCGCACGGCUCGCAUCGGCCGCAAGGGAGAGGCAGUGCUCUUCCUGCUCCCCAACGAAACAGAGUAUCUGGACCAGCUGCGCUCCUGCAACGUGCACCUCCUCUCCAUGCCUCUCCUCCCCCUCCUCGACUCGCUCCUGCCCGGAAUCUCCGCCGAACCUGCACGGACCAAUCGCAGGCGGCCCUCCUGGAAGGAGGUGAGUCCGGAGGAGGCUCUGGCCAAUCACAGCGCGGUAGAGACGUGGCAGGAGGAGUUGGAAUUGACGGUGGCGAGGCGGGCGGCGUUGAGGGAGCUCGCCACUGGGGCUUUUCGGUCGUUUGUGCGGGCGUAUGGCGCGCAUAAGGGCAGCUUGAAAAAGAUUUUCCACCCCAAAAGGCUGCAUCUGGGGCAUGUUGCACGGAGCUUUGGGUCCGUGGAUGCACGGCUCUCCGCAUCCACCGGCGAGGUCUUUUCGUUUCCCUUCGUUUCCAUAUCACUCCGCCUGUUUCUUUCAGCCGUUGCGCGGACAUUCUACUCAAAUCGGACGCGAUCUGAUCUGAUCCGUGAUCUCCGAUCGUGUCCGUUCGUCGUUCCGAUGAGGCGCUGCAUUGUGCGGCUCGAGCCGCAUCUCCGCCGUCAGAUCGGCCAACCGAUCUCGACGGGACCAUCUCCGCCGUUCGUCAGCAGCCCUGCCGGUCCUUUCGCCCCUCCGAUUCCCCUUACUGGCCUAUCCCUCUCCGAGCCGCCCUCUGCAGCCUUCGCUACUGCCGCCUUACCCCCCAGUGACGCCGCCAGUGGCGCCGCCAGUAGCGGCACUAAUGCCGGCGGUAAUGCCGGCGGCAGCGACGGCGAUGGCGGCUGGGGCAGAGGUCGUGGCGGCCGCGGCUUCCCAGACGGGGGGAGAGGCGGCGGCAUGUGGGGGAGGGGGAGAGGCAGGGGGGGAUGGGGACCUGGCGCAGGUCCCCCCGCCCCCGGUUACGGGCGGUCAUGGGGAGCGCCCGGAUUUCAUGCUCCUGGGAGAUUUCCUCCAAGCGCGCCGAUCCAGCAGCCCGUGGCUUCUUCCGCUGGCCAAUCCCCCCCACUGACGCAACAUGAGGUACAGCGCCCAGAUGGCGCUUCCCCGCCGCAUCCUCCGCCUCUCACCGCUCCCCCCGCUCCCUCCGUUCCCCCCGCCAGUGCCCCCACGGGACUGUCCCCCGCUGCCCUCUCCCGCAUGCUCGUUGCGUACGAGCGCGCGGGGAGGGAUGCUGACGUGGCGCGCGUGCUGGCCGACGCGCGAGCCGGCGGCGUUGCAUUGGACAGCGGCGCGCAGGAGGCGGCGAUCCGGAGCGUGGCGCGGAGGCGGGACCUGGGGGAGGCGGAUCGGAUGCUGGGGGAGGCGCGGGCGGCGGGUUUUGUCUUAUCCGCGCCGACGUGGAACGGGUUGGUGGAGAUGCUCGGCGCAGGUCCGGGAGUUCCGGGGGGAGGAGGCCCGGGAGGGGGGGGAAGGGGGGGGCGCGAGGAGGGGAGGCGCAUGGGGGGGCCGGGACCUGGGGGGCAGAGGAGAGGGGGGAUAAGGGAGGGGGAGCAGAGGAGGGGGAUGAGAGAGGGGGGGCAGAGGGGUGGGGGAAUGGGGAUGGGUUUGGUAAUGGACAGACAGGCGGAGGGGCAGGGCGGGCAGCAGAGGCCGCGGGUGGGCGGAGGGGGCAGGCGGGGGAGGGGGGAGCUGGUGACGGGGGAGAGUGUGGUGCAGAGGUUUAUAGAGGAGUCAACGUGGAGUGAGGAGGACGAGCGGCAGGUGGGGGAGUUUCUGGACUUCCUUGAAGCUGCUGACGUGGCUAAUGCAGCACUGCACCAGCGGUUCAUGGUUGAUUUCGAGCCAGAGUACAUCACCCCAGACGACUUCUCGCCCAUCAACCCCCUGCUGGCGGAGGAGGAGGAGCAGCAGCAGGCGGGUGAGGGGCCGUCGCUGGAGGAGGUGAUGGUGGCGGCCAAGGCCGAGCUUAUGGCGCUGACGGGCAUGCAGAGCGAGGAGGAGUUCCAGUCUGCCCUGCAGAGCUGCCUCUCCCGAGCAGAUGAGCUCGAGGCCCUGGUGGAGCUGUAUGCGGGGCCGCAGCGAAUGACUGCUCUGCAGGAGAACAAGGCGCUGCAGGAAGCCGCUGAGAAGCUUCCUCCCAGCGUGUCCCCGCAGGCCGUGGCAUUCACCAAGCGCGCUCUGCUCACCCUGCAGAACAACCCAUCGUGGACGUUUGCACAGAAGCAGAAGAUGAUCGGCAGCAUUGUGAGAGGGUUCUCGGCGUCGGCUUGA